UGAGCACUCUCGCACGUGUGUCUUAAUGCACGGUGCAUUUCUCACCACACCACCACACGCACACACGCAUACACGCACACGCACACGCACACGCACGUUUCUGCACGUGGUUGGUUGGUUGGUUGGUUGGUUGUUUGAUUCGUCGAUCCAGCAGCAGCACCAUGGCGGGAGCAAAGAAGAGGGCGAAGAAGAGCCACCAAGGCAAGCAGGUGGCGCGCAAGGGCCGCCAAGAAGGCAGACCCAAGGCAAUCAAAGCAACACUACCAGCACGCACCCAAGACGAGCUGCUCCACGGCGAGUUUGGACCUUUGCACGAGAUGCACGUUCUCAAGCGUGAGUACAAGGCGCGUUACAACGACGAUGACGAAGACGACGACAACGACGAUGCCCACGCAGCAGCAUCGGAGCCCGAAGCAAGUUCCGACGAGGACAACACAGCGGACAGCAAGGCCAUGGACCAGCAGGCAGAUGAUGCCGAUGACAACAGCGAUGAGGAGGAUGAGGACGACGAUGAGACCGCCGUCAAGGCCAACUCAAGCAGGGUUGCAUCUCAGGGCCUCAUGAAGUGUUUCUGGGAUCUUGCGUCGCUGAACCCCGUCGAUCGCAUCCAAGCAGGCGCCGCUAUCAUUCAGCUUCUUCAAGCAAGCCAAGAGCAACAAGCCGAGGACGAGUUAAGCCCAGAUACAGAGUAUUCUCUCAAGCGCCUCGUGCGUGGCAUGGGAUCCAACCGCAAGGCCGCCCGCCAAGGCUUCGGCAUCGUUCUCACUGAACUCCUGGCAACGGUCCAUCAGAUCCCCAUUCAAAAGGUGAUCGGUAUGGUGGAGUCAGUGCACAAGCCCUCGUCCAGUGCAUCUGGUGCAGAGAAACGCGAGUGCCAGUACGGCCGCCUCUUCUCAUACGGUGCCUUGAUACGCAGCCGUGCGUUGUGUCGGGAUGAGAACCCUCCCAAACGGGGCGCCAUCAAGACCAUCAUGGAGCACCUGCUGGCCAUUGGCGAGUUCAAGAACUACGUCACUGCACCAGCAACACAGGUCAUCUGCGAGCUGAUCCAGUCGCUGCCGACAGACGUGUUUGUGAGCGAGGUCUUCCCCGCGCUUGCAACACGCAUCAUGCCGCAGUCCGACAAGACCAAGACAAAGAAGAAUAAGGGCGCAGCGCCAUCGUCCGCGCCGCUCGACAUUUUGUCUGCCCAAGACAUGUGCUUCCUCAUGGCAUCGCGCAAGCACCUGGAGGCCCUUCGCGACGGCGCCGCCAAGCUGCCCAAGGGCGUGAGCACCGACGCCGUUGAGGACCGCCUGGCCAUCCUGCGCUUUGACGCCGACAAGCUCGGUGCUUUCACCGUCGCCGUGCUGGAGGCGCAACUCAUGCACCCGCUCUGGCUCAUGCUCGGCUACUCGCUCGCUGAGGCUCAGGACUCAACCUUCUCCAUGGCUUGGCUUGCACUCGUGCACAAGACGCUUCUUGCAGAGGACAACGUCCGCAACGAGCGCCGUGCCAUCGUUUUUGCCCUCAUCCGCCUCAUCGCCCCAAAGUCCCCUGCAAAGAUUCAAGCCAUGCUGAGCCCCAUGGUCAUGUCCUGCCUCAUGACAAAUCUGGCAGCCCCAACAAAGUACCUUCAUGGUGCAGCAAACGCAGUGCUUGCGACGCUCGUGAAGGCGGUGAAAGGGGACGACACCCCAAGCAACGUUCGCCUCGAUCUCCUCGCACGCCUUACCGGACCACACGGCUCCCGCAAGCUGGACCAGCUCACCAAAACUCGCACCAUCAGCGGUAUCCUUUCGACGCUGAAGCCAGAUGAAGUCCGGGAGUAUGUGCUCCGUCUCCAGCGCACUUUCAACAACCCCUCCAUUCGGCACGAAAGCAAACUGGAAGAGGAGACCAUUGCCAUGUAUGUUGCAGAGCAAAGAAUUUUCGCCCUGGAUCAGAUGAUGGCACUAUUUCGCGGUGGUUCAAAGGUCCCAAAGGCCGAGGACUGGACCAUGGGGUGUCUCGCGUUUUGCAUGAUUCACUCCUUUUUCAACGUGAACGGACACGUUGACGCCAUCAACGCUGCUCUCGGAGACUUGGCCGAGGUGUGCAUCGUGGAGGAAUUGAAGCACCCGCUGAACCGCCGGACCAUGGCGAAGAUCAAGUCCCGCUAUGAAUCGUUUGUGAACGAUCUUUGCUCGGCGAUGCCCUUUGACGAGGUGCCCGAGGGCCGGUCACGCUUCAGCGGUUGCCGUGCGGAUGGAACGUAUCGGAUCGCUGCGAUUGUCGAUGUGAUGGAACGCAUGAUCGACUCGGCGCCACUACUGACGCCAAUGACCGACGAGGUCAAAGAGGCAUACGACGCCCUCGUCAAGCUCAACACCGAGUUGAAGAACAUUUCCAAGGGCACCAGGCUCCCGCGCGAAGUCAAGGGCAAGGCGGACGUCGUCAAGUCCCUGCAACAGGCAGCCAAGGCCUUUCGCUUUCUCGUCAUGCACACCAUCGCCAUGGUGUUUUCGGAUGUCAAGUCUGUUGUGGCCACGGCGCCGGAUCUGAACGGGUCAUACCACGACAUGCAAGCGCGCAUCAUCAAGAAGGCUCAGCUCAAGAUGAGGAGGCGACGCAGUCAAAAGCCCAAAGACGAUGUUGACAGCGACGUUGACCCCAUGGAGGUGCUUGUUGAUGUGCUGUUGGGCAUGAUCGCGCAGCCAUCUGCGCUGCUGCGCAACGUGGUGAACAAGGUGUUCAGCAUGAUGUGCGACAGCAUGACGGACCGGGCAAUUGAUCUACUUUGCGAGGUGAUUGCCGACCCGAAGCCCAUCCGCCGCAUGGAAGCAGAGGAGGACGAUGAAGAUGAUGAAGACAUGGAUGAGGAUGAUGAUGAGGGUGACGACGACGACGAUGAUGAUGAUGAUGAUGAGGACGACAACGAUGAUGACGAUGACUCGAGUGAUGACGAUGACGAUGAGAGUGACGACAGCGACAUGGAAGCUAGUGACAGUGGGGAAAGCAACCCGAGCGGCCUUGCGUCAAAGCGAGCAAAACGUGGUGAUAUGACCGAGGAGGAGCAGCUGCGCAAGUUGAAGGCAAAGGUCGGUGAGGCCCUCAACUUGCCCGUUGAUGAAGAGGGUAACGUUGUUGACAACGAUGACGAGGGCGCUGACUCCGACUGGGACGAUGAGCGGAUGAUGGCCGUGGACAAUGUGAUUGCUGCGCAUUUCCGCCAACAUGCGCUGUCGAAAAAGCCAAAGCAGGCUGCCGUCCGGCAGGAGAACGCACGCUUCAAGCUGAGGCUGCUGGAUCUCAUUGAGGUGUACAUGCGCAAGUGCUCGGCAAAUCCAGCCAUCCUCAGCUUCCUGCCCGCACUCUUCAAGGCGCAUCGCACAAAUGCGACGUUGAAGAAGGACGGCGAAGCUGUGGCCGCUCGCCUUCAUGGACUCUAUUGCAACAAGCUGAAUCAGCUCAAGCCGCUACCCAAGGUAGAGACGCCCGAGCAGGUUGCCCUGUGUGAGAGCACCAUCAAGGCUGGCGUGCAUCUUGUCAGCACGGGAUCGGACAAGGCGCAGCGCGACAUAGGCGGCGCCGUGACCAAGUUUGCGGUUCGGGCACUCACCCACGGCGAGACGAGUAUUGAGAGCACGGACGAUGGCCAGUUCCUGGGCAAGCUGCGCGUCAGCCUGUUUGCAGAGGAGUAUGGCACUGCCAUUGAGCACUUUUUGCAGAAGCACAAGUUUAACAUGAACGACUCGGUUCUCUCGGACUUGGCCCGCAGCUUUCCACAACUUGUGUGGUACCUGGUGCCUCACAUGGCACAAGGGGUGGACAAGUGCGUCAACCCUUCGCGGCUGUUGAUUGUCUUCAAGUGCCUUGCGGAUUUGCUUCACCAACGCAAGGCCGUUUCGCAGCACAAGGGCGUUGUCAAGCAGCACGCGCAGGCGCUCGUGGACUUUGUGGUGAAGACACACGCGCUGGUCAGCAAGUCGUCCAAGUUUAAGGCGCGGCACGUGCGCGUGUUCCUCCAGAUUGUGCUGUUGGCAGCCCGAACUCUCAAAGAGGUCGAGGAGGACGUUUCACCGCUCGCGUCCAUUGCCAAGGAGUUUGGCACGAGCGAGCACGCUGCCACUGCCGUGUCUGUCUUUACAAUGUGCAAACAGAUUCUGAAGCUGAUUGACAACGAUGCUGCGGGCGAACUCGUGCGCCCCAAGCUUUCCAAGAGGAAGCAGCAGGGUGGUGGUGACGAUGGUGACGAGGACAGCCAAGCCGGCACGAAGAAGAACAAGGACAAGAACAAGAAGAGCAAGGGCAAGAAGAAGGACAAGGCAGCGGAGAGCAAGAAGGAUAACGAGAACAAGAAGAAGAAUGGCGGUGGUCAGCAUGCCAAGCAGAACGCCUCUGAGGAGAGCGCCACCCAAAAGCGCAAGAAGAAGGCGAAGAAGGCGAAGAACGCAAAGAAGCAGCUGCAGCAGCAGACCAAUGAGAGCAAGUCGUAGGGUGUAGUUUGGAUGGAUUUGGAUUGGCUUCUUCUUGUUGUACAUCUCUUUCGCUAAAUCACAUGUCAUAAUAUUGCACUGUCGAGUAGUAAACGAUUGCCAUAAGCAA